AAUAAUUCCGUGGGACCGUUCAGUACAGAAUAUAGACAUACCGUCCUAGAAAACGAACCGAUUUGUCCCAGAUUAAUACAGCAACGUUCACCGUUCUAAAUUUUGAAUGAGUCUUCCACUAUCUAAAUUCUUAUUACCUAUUUACUGUGUAUUUGUAAGGAGUUUACAUGUCAUGUCUUCAGAGAUGAAAUAUGUACAUUAUGAGAAGGGUGGGGCGGAGAAUUUGUCAAUACGAACAACAAAUACUCCAGCACUGAGGGAGAGGGAAGUCCUUGUGAAAGUUUAUGCUUCAGCUAUUAACCGUGCGGACACUCUGCAGAGGAAAGGUUUCUAUCCACCUCCACCAGGGGAGAGUGAAAUACUUGGAUUGGAGGCUGCUGGCACUGUUGAGAAGGUUGGCUCAGACUGUACUGGGUCCUGGAAAAUUGGGGACAAAGUUAUGGCGUUAUUAACAGGUGGUGGUUAUGCUGAGUUUGUGGCUGUACCGGAGGAUAUACUACUGCCAGUUCCGGUUGGAAUGAGCCUUACUGUAGCGGGCGGUAUACCGGAAGUCUGGCUGACCGCAUAUCAGCUCUUACACGUUGCAGGUGAAUUGGAGAAAGGUGAUUCUGUGCUUAUUCACGCUGGAGGAAGUGGUGUAGGGACCGCAGCUGUACAGUUGUGCAUACAAGCAGGUUGUAAGCCUAUUGUAACAGCAGGUUCCGAGUCUAAGCUUCAAAUGGCGAAGGACCUUGGUGCUGUGGCGGGCUACAAUUAUAAAGAGGGUGAUUGGAGUGAAAAGGUGCUAGAAUUUACACAAGGGAGAGGUGUGGACUUGAUAAUAGACUGUAUUGGGGCCUCGUAUUAUGAACAGAAUAUGAAGUCAAUUCGCACAGAGGGAAGAUGGGUCCUCUAUGGCUUGUUAGGGGGUGGAAAUAUUAGUGGAGAUAUGUUUAGUCAGUUGUUAAGAAAACGAAUCAGAAUAACAGGAACAACUUUGAGAGCUAGGAAACUUCAAUAUAAGAAGAAUAUAACAGAUGGUUUUUCAAAGAAUUGUCUGCCCUUGUUUAAGGAUGGUUCCAAGCCUCAAUUGAAGCCUAUAAUUGACACAAUAUUUCCAUUUCACAAAGUUGCUGAUGCCCAUAGAUAUAUGGAAGCGAACAAAAAUACAGGGAAAAUAGUUCUUCAGAUCAGGGACGAGUCUUCGGGGAAAACUUUACAUGAUGAAUUAUGAUUCAGAACUCAUAUAAUAGAUAAUAGAUCUGUGAUAUGAAAUAAAUGUGUGCGUUGUAGGGUGAUGGGUGAAAUUUAAUCAGAAUUCUUAAAUAAAGGAUAUCAAAACUAUAUUGUGUGAUACAAGAUUGCCAAGUUUAAUGGUAUGCAUUUAAAUGGAAACAAGGUAUAGUAAUUGUGAGAGACAUUUAUAUUUCUGUUUUGGAUAUGACAUCAUUGUAUUUAUGAUGUCAAAGAACUUACAUAGUGCCAUUACAUAACAUUUGUUUUAUGUAGCUUUUAAACUUUUGUUAAGGAGUUACUAUUUUGACAUUCAAAUAAAGAUGUAUAAUAAG